GGAGCUCUCUAGGUGUUGUCCAGGCUGUUUUCAGCAGCAGCUGCGGUUUCACUUGAGACAUUUCAGAGGAGAAGAGCCUGACAGCAACAGUGAAAGAGACAACCUCAGUUCUUCAAACCUCUUUGGAUUGAGUGGUUAAAAAAAAAAAAAAACCAAGCGGAGCCCAGCGGCGUAUUGGUCGAUUCAACUUCAAUUAAAUUAAGGUGGUUUUGAUUGCUGCUGUUGAGUGGAUCAAACAGCGAUGUCCUCCAGACCCAACGGGAGCCCCCCUCCCUAUGAAGAGGAUGAAAAAUAUAAUGGACCUGCUGAGCCAGCCUACUCUUACUACCCUGACGAUGAGUUCCAGCACUUCUACCGCUGGUCCUCGCCUCCGGGAAUCCUUAAAAUCAUGACCAUCAUUGCCCUUGUGCUGUGUGUGGGCAUCUUUGCCUGCGUUGCCUCAACACUGGAGUAUUACAGUCAGGGAGCCAUGUCCGGCUUUGGGGGAAUGUACGGAGGAGGUUAUGGAGGAAGUUAUGGAGGAAGAUAUGGAGCAGGUUAUGAAGGAAGUUACGGGGGAGGUUAUGGAGGAGGUUAUGGAGGAAGUUAUGGAGGAGGUUAUGGAGGAAGUUAUGGAGGAUCGAACUACUAUGGAGCUGGAACCAAUUAUGGCUACGGUUCAAUUGCUGGAAACUUCAUUGACCCGCAGGCCGGGAAAGAGUUUAUGAUCGCAAUGGCCGCCUUUGUCUUCAUCUUCUCCCUGGUCGUCUUUAUCGUCAUCGUGUCUCAUCAGAGCCUGUCUCAGAGCAGGAAGUUCUACCUGGCCGUGUUGAUCAUCAGUGCCAUCCUGGCACUGUUGAUGCUCAUUGCCACUGUAGUGUACUUGGUGGCAGUGAACCCCUCAUCCCAGGCCUCGACAGCUUACGGUAGCCAGAUUGCGGCUCUGUGUGCUCCAUAUCAACAACAACAGAUGUCAGGAAUGCUUCAGAACCAGUACCUUUACCACUACUGCGUGUUGGAACCACAAGAGGCCAUCGCCGCUGUGUUCGGCUUCAUGGUGACCGCAGCUUUGAUCAUCAUGCUCGUCUUCGCCCUCAAGACUCGGCAGAAGAUCAACAACUAUGGAAAAGAGAACAUCUUGUGGAAGAAAGUCAAAGUUGUGGAUGGUCUUGCACCUCCUGAGGACGUCGAGGCGUGGGUGAACAACGUGUCUACUCCUCCUGAAGAGGUCCCAGCUGCAGGCUACUCAGACUACUCCGAGAAGCGGAGAGGCUCCAGGAGUUACCUGGAUGACGAUGAGAGCAACUACGACAAGCCCCCCAUAAGCUACACGCCACAACCUGUGGUUGACAGGCCCCUGCAGAACGGGGCCCCUUACAGCAGCAGCAGCUCGGAGAUCGCGAGCUCAUCGGGGCGGCCCAAAAAGAAGCGUGCAGGACGGCCGCGCCGCGUCAACGGGCAGGACUACGACGACACGGACUACAACUCGUCUGGAGACGAGCUGGACGACAACGACUUCGACAGCGAGUUCCCGCCGAUAACAAACGAGCAGGAGCGCAACAGCUACAAGCAGGAGUUUGACCGCGACCACCUGGAGUACAAAGACCUGCAGGCGGAGCUGGACGUCCUCAACAAGGACCUGUCCAAUCUGGACAGAGAGCUGGACGAGCUGGAGGAGGGAAGCCCACAGUUCCUGGACACCCUGGAUGAGUACAACAAGCUGAAGAAAAUCAAGAAGUCUGCAGAUUACCAGGUGAAGAAGCGCAGGUGUAAAUAUCUGAAGCACAAACUUAACCACAUCAAGAAGAUGGUCAGUGAUUAUGACCGCAGCACCUGAAUGAGUCUGGAUUAAUAACUCCUGUCCGGCGCAGGAAGGACUGCUGUGAAUCUGGGUCGGCACUUUUUUUGCCAGCAAGUUUGUCCCCAACGGACAAAGCUGGGAUGAUUUGCAUUGAGCACCGGAAAGUUGUGACCAUUCGGUUGUAUUUUAUUGUUGUUUUUAGCACCACAGAAACAAAAUUAUUUUUUUUUCUUGUAUGAUGCCGUUGUUUGUAUUUUGAGUGAUUAUCAUCACACAUAUUUAUUGUCUACUGGAAGAGUUUUGCGACUUGUCUUUGACGUGAAAAUGAAAAAUAAUGCUUGGUUUUAGUCGGUUCCCCUACACCAAAUUGACGUCAGCUGAUUUCUUUUUUAUUACUAUUUUACUGUUAAAAAAUGACUGUAAAUAUGCGGGUUGUGGUUUUCUAAAAAUUCUCUCUUAUACACAGUUUGGAAUAUUAGCAAAUUUCCUACCUUGUGAUACGUUUUGCAAUAAUCUGUGAGGCAUUUUCAUUUGAAUAAAAUCUUUUAUUGAA